UCGAAAGUCUGGACCCUAGAGCUCAGGUCUAGGACCACCCCCCCUUUAUGAAACAAGCCGCGUAACAGCUGCUUGGGGUCUCUUCGGGCUAAUCCAACAAGCGCAGAGCGGAGCCCUGGGCUACGGUCUGCAGAUCCACCCAGGCGCCCCAGCUUUACCUUUGAAACAACACCAGAAUCCUGUCACUUCUCACCACCUCCACUGCUGCUGUGUUUCUUCUGCUUUCAGUCAGUAAGGGACAGCCAGGUUCUUAGCUCACAGAAGAGACUCAAGCUUUGAUUCCCGAGAGAUCUGUGCCCCGGGGGACCCUCUUGUAUGGAACUGCAGCAGUCUUGCUGUGACUCUGAUCACAGGAUUUGUACUAGGAAUAGGAUCAUUCGAGAAUACAGGAGCAUGAAGCGUUCAAAAUGGUUGGGUGGCAGUUUCAACUUCCAGUUUGGUGGGAAAACUGUGUCACUUGGUGGAGGCAUUCGUCCCUCAGACACUACAGGCUUUUAACACACCUCUCCUCCGUAUAGUCAUGAGGCCAAGAAGCAAAGAAUGUUUGAGUGUGUAAAACGGUUUCAUUGUGAGAGAGCCACUCCUACAUCCAGCCCCUUGGUCCUCGAACUGCUCUCUGGCUAAAGGAGAAACAGUACGUACCCUGGUUCAGAGCAUUACUGUAUCCUGUGGAUGGCUCUCUAGUUCAUGAAGUGUCUACAGCUGGGACCUUACGUGGACCUUCAGGAGGCCUUUCCAUCAUGGUAGAAUGCUGACUAAUGGAGCACGUGAAUUUCUGCGAAGCGCCGGCAAGUAAAAUGUGUGCGGACUGAUAGGUCAGAGCUCUCAUUCUCCGGGCGACUUUAAUAUGCACGUCGUGUUUUCAGCUCUCCGGACAAAGACGCCGACACUUCGCAGGUCCCUCGAGUGGGACUCAGAAGACCGAACAGAGCUCCAGCCUUCUGCUAGUGUCCGUUCUUGCCCCUUUUGGCAUCUCGGGACUUGUAGUUUUGUCCACUAUAUCUUUGCUGGAGAAACGAACGCUGAGACCACAACUCCCGUCACCGCGCGAGGACUGGCGCCAUCAGAGCGCAGCCUCAGGAGGGGGCUCGGGCGCCAUUGACUAACCCGCUGGUCGAAGGGUCCGCCUUCCUGAGCCUAGGAGCCCUGUGAUUGGUCAGCUGCCUCGCUUCUCACGGAGGGGGCGACAGGUGAAUGAAAGAGGGGCGUGUCGCUGUGCGGUAGCUCGGCCGCAAGGCUGGAUCCCGCUGAAAGAGAUUCAGGCUACUCCAGAGCAGCAGCAGCUGGUGGAGACAUGGAGAUGCAGUCCUAUCAUGCCAAGCUCUUGGGGGAGUUGAAUGAACAGCGAAAGAGGGACUUUUUCUGUGACUGCAGCAUCAUCGUGGAAGGGCGGAUCUUCAAGGCCCACAGGAACAUUUUGUUUGCCAACAGCGGCUACUUCCGAGCCCUGCUCAUUCACUACAUCCAGGACAGCGGGCGGCACAGCACCGCCUCCCUGGACAUAGUCACCUCCGAUGCCUUCUCCACCAUCUUAGACUUCCUGUACUCUGGGAAGCUGGAUUUGUGCGGGGACAACGUGAUUGAAGUCAUGUCGGCGGCCAGCUACCUGCAGAUGAACGACGUGGUGAACUUCUGCAAGGCCUACAUCAGGUCGUCCCUUGAUAUCUGCCGGAAGAUGGAGAAGGAGGCUGCCGUGGCUGCAGCGGUGGCGGCGGCGGCCGCGGCGGCGGUGGCGGCUCAUCAGGUGGACGGCGGAAGCCCCAGUUCAGGCAGGGAAGGGACCUCCUGUGACACCAAGAGCGUGGUCCCCUCUCCGGCCGAGGGAGAGGAGAGGGUGGACUGUCCAAGAGAGCCCCCUCGCAGUGACUGCAGAGGCUGCCACCCCCUGGAACUGGCGGCGAAGGACGGCCAGGGCAGUGGCCCCGCUGACAGUGACCUCUCUAUUCUGCCCAAACAGAUAGAGCCCAAGGUGGAGUUUGAUGCCGACGAGGUGGAGGUGGAGUUGGGCGAACAGCUGCAGCCGUAUGCCACCCCACUCAGCCUGGCCCACAUGGACGAGGGUUUGCCCGGUGGCCAGGCCAUCGACUUGGCUUACGGUAACUACCACGUGAAGCAGUUCCUGGAGGCACUCCUGCGCAACGGUGCCGUCCAGGGCAAAGGUGACGUGGACCAUCACUUCUCUCGAAGUUUGGAGGGAAGACCAGAGGGUGCGGGAGGAGCCAUGAGUGCCGUGAUGGAUGUCCAGACUGACUGGUAUGGAGAGGACUCAGGUGAUGUGCUGGUGGUCCCCAUCAAGCUCCACAAGUGUCCUUUCUGCCCUUACACUGCCAAACAGAAGGGCAUCCUUAAGCGGCACAUCCGCUCACACACAGGCGAGCGGCCCUACCCCUGCGAGACGUGCGGCAAGCGGUUCACUCGACAGGAGCACCUGCGGAGUCAUGCCCUAAGCGUCCAUAGAUCCAACCGUCCAAUCAUCUGCAAGGGCUGCAGAAGAACCUUCACGAGUCACCUGUCCCAGGGACUGCGGCGCUUCGGGCUGUGUGACAGCUGCACCUGUGUUACAGACACACACGAUGAUGAAGACGAUUUGAUGCCCAUCAAUCUUAGCCUGGUGGAGGCCUCGUCCGAAAGCCAAGAAAAGAGUGACACAGACAAUGACUGGCCAAUCUAUGUGGAGUCUGGUGAGGAAAAUGACCCCGCUGGAGAUGAUUCUGAUGGCAGACAGCAGAUUCGGCCCAACUUGUCAGAUCAAGAGACACUUACGUAGCGGGAAAUUCUGGGGGUGGGUAGGGGGAGAGGUUUUAGAAUUUGUUGUUGCUCAUUCUAUGUUCGAAAGCCACCAUCUGUCCAAUUUUAUGGAAACCCGAGAGGAACAUGUUUUCACUGUUACUAUCGUUACAUUUUUGUUACAUUACACGGUGAAGGUUGGAUUUUGUGACUCAAAGGACUGAUGACUUCUUAGUGGAAUGCCCUUGCUUUCUGAGGGCUUUGUUGAGUUAAUUCUGAGUGAAUUAAUGCUUGCCCCAAGGCUUCCCAUUUUUCCUGUUGUGCACCCAAACUCUGGUUAGGAGAAAGACAAGAAAGUCCCCAUGCUUGAGACGUUUAAUUGUCUCAUUCCUCUAGAUUCCUUUUUUUUUGUCAGCUUUUUUCUCUGGAAAUGUAGGCAAAAAUAUUUUGACAUCAGUCUUACCUUUGCCAAGCUUCUCCUGAUGGAUUCCAUAUUUUAAUUUUCUGGUGAAGUAUUUUUUUUUUAACAUUUAUUUAUUUUUGAGAGACAGAAGGACAGAGCACGAGUGGGGGAGGGGCAGAGAAAGAGGUAGACACAGAAUCCGAAGCAGGCUCCAGGCUCCGAGCUGUCAGCACAGAGCCCCACAUGGGGCUUGAACCCAUGAACCGAAGUUAGGCGCUUAAACAACUGAGCCACCCAGGAGCCCCUCUGGUGAAGUCUUAAAGACAAAGCUUCACUGAUAUAAGGCAGGCAGGGCUGUUUGGCUCCAUGAGUGUAAAGAUACUUCUAAGACUUCAGUUUUAAUGGCUGGGAGUAUUUAUGUGCACGCAAGCAUGGCAAUGAACUGAGAGACUCCUGGGCCCUCUGACUUGCCCAGCUAAGUUCAACCUUAAGUUAGUCCUGAGAAAGGAGACUGUGAGCCCAAGUCUGGGUGGUUUCCCUGUUUAGUUUGGGAUCUGACCGGUCUGCACACACAGAUGACCUGUUUUGUGAUCAUAAAACAAGUCAUUUGGAUGAAACUCAAACCCCUUCCCUGUGUUUUCCUGCCAUUUUCAAGAGCCGCUGCUGUGUAAUGUGGAAAUGUAGCCCCUGCUGACGGCCUUCUACUUCGAUUAUGAAUAGAACUUUAAUUGGAGGGAAAGUGUGAGCCUGUAUAAACAAGUUAUAUUUCUAAAUCGUUUGCCUUUUAAAGUUUAUUUAUUUAUUUUGAGAGAGAGAGAGUGAGUAGAGGGAAGGGGCAGAGAAAGAGGGGAGAAAGGAUCCCAAGCAGGCUCCGGGAUAUUAGCCCAGAGCCUGAUGCAGGGCUCGAUCUCACAAACCAUGGGGUCAUUACCUGCGCUGAGAUCAAGAGUCAGACACAUCUUUUACCUUUUAAAAGAUCCUCUGGAGGCAAAGAGAAGAUUGGUAGAAGAACAGGUUUUUAAAAUCUUUGCAGCCAACACAGUUAUUCUAACAGAAGAGGCUAUACUUCUUUAAAAGGCUGAAGAGCAGGAAAUAUUAGGGAUUAAGGGAUAUUCAAGGCACUUUCAUAAUUUUGUCUCAUAUUAAAGACAUAAGACAAAAAGAUAAAGACCUAAAGAUAGAUUUUUAAAAAUUAUUUAUGUAUUUAUUUUAAUUAGACUCCACACCCCACGUGGGGCUUGAACUCAUGACCCUGAGAGCCAGCCAGACACCCUCCAAAAUGGAUUUUUAAAAGAAAUCCCUUUUCUUCCUUUAAUUUUAGUCUACUUGUGUUUCCAAAGGUAGUGAAAUCACCUUUCUGCCUCUUGAGCAAAAAUAAUAAUAAUAAUAAAAAAAAAACAUAAAUUGGCUUGUGAAUGUUAGUCAUUGAACAGUUCAAAAUGUGCUUAAAUCAUCUUCUCAAUAGAGGUUAGAACUCCAGAAUGGUAUUACUCGAACUAUGGCCCCCAGACAGCUGGUCUGUGAAUUCUUUGAUACCAAUCUACACAGCAGGACCAUGUGUUGGCCUGUAGUAGGUUGGAAACCUCAAAACUGGUCUUUUACCACAGAUAGCUUGCAAAUUAUUGUUCUAGAUCAAGAGUUGAAGACUAGAAAUUAUCAAGGACCAGAAACACUUUUCUUACCUGAAAUGGAAAUAUUAGCUGUUGUUUAAAAGGAGGGAUCUUCGCAAAUGGGAAACCUAAUCAAUUGUGUAGAAGGUGUACUUUGCAAGGAGUUAGGUUUGAUAUUUUUGCUCUGUUUAAGUUAUUUCUGAUGGGUUUUUUUUUUUAAAGAUUUUAUUUAUAAGUAAUCUCCAUACCCAACAUGGGGCUCAAACUCACAACUCUGAGAUCGAGAGUUGCAUGUCUCACCAACUGAGCCAGCCAGGCACACCUAAAUUAUCUCUGGUGUUUUAAUGUGACUUUUCUACCUCCCAGUUCAACUUCUGUGCCCACUUUCUUUGGUAGAGCAACCUCUUCAGUGACUCCAUGACUUAAUCAUAUGGCUGGGUCCAAAGUAAACACAUUUACAUUAGCAAUUUCACUUUAGGACAGUGACUUUCAACUGUGGGUGAUUUUGUCCCCCAGAGGACAUUUGGCAAUGUCUGGAGGCAUCCUCAACUGUUACAACUCAGGGCAGGGUACUGCCGGCAGCCGGAUGAGGUUGGUGUUCAACAUCCUACAACGCAUAGGAUGGCCCCUUAUAACAAAGGAUUUUCUACUCCAAAAUGUCAGGAGUACCAAGGCUGAGGAACCUUACCAUCAGAUAAAGUUGGAUUUUUAAAAUGA